AUGAAAGUAAAUCUUAAGAAAAUUGAAAGUUUAAAAUUAUCUGAAUUUAAUUUUAGGAUUGAUAUAAGGGAAUGUAGUUUUAAUUUUGUAUUUACAGAUAGCAUAGAUAAGGUAGAAUAAAAUGAUAAUAUUGUUGAUAUUUAUGUAAUUAGAAUUUAUAAUAUUGUUAGGUGAAAACAAAAAUUAAUGAUUAAUGUUGA